AUGGCGGCAUCUUGUUCUGCAUUUCCCUUCCUGGUGCAGUCCGAGUUUGAGGGUGCAUGUCAAGAUCUCGUCGAUCGAUGCACUUCGGCCCAAAAUAUUGGCUGGUCCACCGUUCGAUUGCUCAUGAAGUCAGAUGGAACCAGCCUCAGAAUAACAAAAUGGGUCGAUAUCCCUAGCCCGCGAGAAUCCUCAGCGCUGGAGGACCUUGAAGAAUCACAGGAAGACGAGGAUCCGGAAGCCCUCGUUCGCGUCAAACCUCAACCCAGCUUACAGAUCGAUUAUGACAUCUUGUUGUCCCCCACAUAUCAGGUCCCCGUCUUGUACUUUGGCCUCAGGUGGCACAACCACGGCCCACUCGGACUAGACGAAGUCUACCAGUAUGUCGUACCGGAACGGUACAGGCAAGAAUUGAAGAGUGUGGGUGUAAUGGGCGGGAUUAGUAUGGGUUACCAUCCUGACUCUGGCGCCCCGGCCUUUUUUGUCCACCCAUGCAACACCGCGGAUGCCAUGGCGAACAUUGCAGACGCACAGAGCGUCACUCCUGGGUCAUAUCUCCUCAUCUGGCUCGGCCUUGUAGGUCAUUGCGUGAACCUGCACGUCCCACGCGAGCUUUUCGCUUAG